ACUAAUGCACGCAUAAACACGCCUCAUCAUGGCUCCAUCAACGCCCAAGGGCACCCACAGGCCCCGGACUGCCUCCAAGUCGCCGCAUCGUCCAACAAAAUUGCCCUCGGGAAGGCUCACCAAUGCACAACCUCCGCUCUACGUGUCAACAUUGACGGCUUCCUAUGUUUUCCUAGCCUGUCAUACCAUUGCCGCUUUGUACAGCCCCAUCCAAGACUGCGAUGAGGUCUUCAACUACUGGGAGCCCACCCACUACUUGAACCACGGCCAUGGCUUCCAAACAUGGGAAUACUCUCCCGAAUACGCCAUCCGAUCAUGGGCGUAUACUGGGAUCCAUGCCAUUCUGACUCCAUUUGCCCGUCUGCUAUCCAGGACGAAGCCCAAAGUCGCCGAAUUCUACUUCCUGAGAUUUCUGCUGGGAGCCGUGUGCGCGCUCUCGGAAGCGAGGCUGUAUUCGAAAAUUGCAGCUACCUUGAAUCCGAGAAUCGCCAUCUACUACCUAGGUAUCACUCUCACCAGUCCAGGACUGUAUCAUGCCAGCAUAGCCUUCUUACCUAGCAGUUUUGCAAUGUACUUCGUUAUGCUUGGUACCGCCGCUUUCAUGGACUGGCGAGGAGGUCUGCGCACUGCUCAAGGUAUCUGGAUGGUUGGAAUCGGCGCGUGCCUUGGAUGGCCGUUUGCUGCAGCCAUGGUACUUCCAUUCCUCGCUGAAGAACUGCUCCUGGCGUCUCUCAGUGACUUGUAUGGCAUCAACGAGCUGUUCUGGCGAGUCGUUGAUGGGGUGAUCAGGACUCUGAUUGCUCUGGGACUGAUCCUAUGCAUUGACUGGUUCUUCUACAAGAAGUGGGUUCUGGUGCCGCUGAACAUUGUGCUUUACAAUGUCUUUAGCAGCAAGGGUCCGGAACUGUACGGAGUUGAGCCAUGGCACUUUUAUUUGAGGAAUCUCUUCCUCAACUUCCACCUCUGGCUGGUGUUGGCGUUACUUUCAAUGCCGCUUCUCCUUGCCCAGCACUUUUUGCGUGCCAAAGGCGCGACGAGAGCGAGCUACCUUCGUGGCGUUGUCUUUCUGACGCCAUUCUAUCUGUGGCUGGCCAUAUUCACGCUGCAGCCGCACAAGGAGGAGAGAUUCAUGUAUCCAGCCUAUCCGGCCUUGAUCUUGAACGCGGCGGUGUCAUUCCACAUAAUUCUUGCAAACCUAGGCUCGACCGAUCCCAAGGACUUGAUCAGCAAAAUUCCUGUUCAGCUGCGUCUUCUUGGAAUCGUGGGAUUUGUCCUCGCUGCCACAGCCAUUGCAGCUUUCCGGACUGUGGGCACAAUGUCAGCAUUUGGUGCGCCACUCUCCAUUUACGAUCCGCUCCAUCGCGUGGGCGUUACAAAGCCCGGAGACCAAGUUUGUCUUGGCAAGGAAUGGUAUCGCUUUCCAUCACAUUAUCUAUUACCAACCGGCGUUCGCGCGAAAUUCGUUCGCAGUGAGUUCAAAGGACUCUUGCCAGGCGAGUUCUCCGAAGCUGGUCAGGGAUUUGGGAUGUUUCCUGGAACCUGGCUUGUGCCGCCUGGCAUGAACGAUGAGAACCGUGAGGACCCAGGCAAAUAUGCCGAUGUUAAGCACUGUGAUUUCUUGGUUGAUGUCAAUCUGCCGAGUACGCAAGCUACAAGUCUGGAGCCAAACUUCGUCGCCGACCAGAAGCAUUGGGAGAAGGUUAAGUGCUUGCCAUUCUUGGAUGCAGCUUCGACUGGGACUGUCGGUCGUCUAGGCUGGAUCCCUGAUCUACCUUUCGUGCCGCUGAAGUUCAAGCGCAUAUAUGGUGACUACUGUCUAUUGAAGAGGAGGAAAGAGACAGUAGGCAAAGCGCAGCAAGCCUUGCCAAAUAUCGAGACACUGUUGUGAUAGCGAUCAAAGCAGCAAUGACAUCGAUCUACCACCGAGCAUGCACUCACACAACCUUGCUCUGUCAGCUGGACUUACUAUCACUGGUACGAAUUGCAGUCGUGCACGCGCGACAUCAAUCUAAUAUACGUCUCAGCAUACGAUGCAACGUCAUAUGCCGAGUGUAUUCUUACCGCAUUCGGACACUUAUCGCUAUCUUGCAUUGGCCAAGGCGUAUAGAAAUGGGGCUAAAUCAUUCGACGUGGCACUAAAGCUAUAGCUGCUGUGGAGGACACCGCGUAUCGAC